CGUACUCCCAUCUAGAGCGCCGGGCACAACAACGAAGCGGGCUUCUGUGAGAGUAAUAUUCCAGGUGUGCGCCAUCAGCACGGUACGAGCAGCAGGACCUAGAUCAUGAAGGAUACUUUCACCGAUGCAAACUUUCCGAGGACCGCCGAUGGCAGAGUAUACCAUCUCGGAAUACGUCCCGGUGACGUCGCAAAUCGCAUUCUGACCGUAGGCUCUCCCUCACGCGCGGAGGCAAUCGCAUCCCUUCUCGACGGCGACGCCUCAUCACUAUUCAAACUCUCCUCAGAACGAGGAUUUCUCACCAUUACAGGUCGUUUCAAUGGCGUGCCUAUCAGUAUCGUCAGCAUAGGGAUGGGCUAUCCUAACAUGGACUUCUUCGUCCGGGAAGCUCGUGAAUGUGUUUCCGGAGACCUCGUAAUCGUAAGAUUGGGGUCUUGUGGCGGCUUGACCGAUCUUCCCGUCGGAUCGCUUGUUGUACCUUCUGCGGGUGUCUCCGUUCGAAGGAACUACGAUUAUGACUUCCUCUCAGACAACGCAGAUGGGCAGGAUGGUUCGCCAUACCAGGUUUCGAAACCGGUAGCUGCAGAUGCUGAACUUCAUGCAUUCGUUACGAAUAGACUUAAGACCACGACGCCCUUAGACCCUCCUGCUACUAUAGUGAGCAAUACAGUAAACGCAAGUGCAGACAGUUUCUACGCCUCUCAAGGCCGACAAACUUCGUUCCCAGAUCACAACGAGAUGCUCAUAGACCACCUAAUGGACACUGUACCCAGUCUCGCAACAUUAGAGAUGGAGACCUUCCACCUUCUUCACCUUGCAUCUGUCUGGCGGCCCCGGCAACACAAGGCAACGACCAAUGGCCUUACAGUCCCACCGACGAAGUUACCAGUUACGCCUUCACUUAGCCCACCUUCCUCUACCAAUUCAUCAUCGUCCCCGACAUCCCCACAAGUGAACGCAACUCCAACACCAACACCAACCGCACGCAUCCGCGCAGCAGCCGUCCAAAUGAUCUUCGCGAACCGCCGUACACAAGACUUCAUCUCGCCCACACGUGUUCAGGAAUUGGAAGAGUGGAGUGGACAGGCUGUGUUGGGUGCGCUUACUGGGUUUGGUAUUCCUGUGGAGAACCUCCAUCCCGACCUCGGAACCGUCUGGGAAAAAAGAGAAAUUGUAGAUACGAAAGUGAAGGUGAACGGGAUUUCCGUGUCUACUUAG